AUAUAGUAUAAAAGAGAUGAAGAUAAGCUUUGAUUUUUUUUUUGCAGCUAUAUAUGUAUCAACUGUUCCGUUCGUUGGCGUACAUCCACUCGUUGGGUAUCUGCCACAGAGAUAUUAAGCCGCAGAAUCUACUCUUAGAUCCGGACACCGGCGUCUUGAAGCUAUGCGAUUUCGGUUCGGCUAAACACUUAGUGAAAGGCGAGCCCAAUGUGUCUUACAUUUGCAGUCGCUAUUAUCGUGCACCUGAGCUCAUCUUUGGUGCUAUCGAUUAUACUACAAAGAUUGAUGUUUGGAGCGCAGGUUGCGUGCUGGCAGAAUUGUUGCUAGGCCAACCGAUAUUUCCCGGCGAUAGCGGCGUCGAUCAGCUGGUAGAAAUUAUCAAAGUCCUUGGUACACCUACGCGCGAUCAGAUACGUGAGAUGAAUCCCAACUAUACCGAAUUCAAAUUUCCACAAAUUAAGUCGCAUCCUUGGCAAAAGUAUAUGCUUCAACGAAUGAGUGAAACACCUGUGUGUUCCACGGAGCACCAGAAGAUUAGAGUAAGUGGGCCGACUUGCAACAAGUUUUAUCAACAUAUAACUGGUACAAAGUUUCUCUAUCUUGGCUCAUUGUACUAACAUCCAAACUUCCAUCUCGAUAUUCGGACAAACGUGCAGAUUUAUCUCCAAUCUAUUCGGUAAACUAACUUUAAAAAGGGAUAAGA